GUUAAAUUGAAUUUCACUCUUUGGUCCUUGCAUCUGCUCUAUACUCUUGGUGUUUUCUCUGUACUGUGCUUCGAGACGAGAACCAUAGAUUCUUGAGCAUCUAACCAACGAUACCAUUUAAUUAUCACUCUUAGCAUUUAGUCUGCCUCCAUGGCAAUGGCCCUCGGAGAGCCAGCGGAGCGUCAUUUAGAUGCAGACAGACAGACAGACAGACAGACGGAUCAUGUAAAUCGAUAUAAGGUUAUUGAUCGAUUCCAAGUACUAUCUCUCUAUCUAUCAUCUACUUGUUACCACCUAUAUUCACCUGUAUAUAUGCAUAUACUCGAAUACAAUUUAUGUUGAAUCUUUAAUUACGUUCAUUAUUCAGUCUGUCUCUCUCUGUCUGUCUGUCUCUCUCUCUCUCUCUCUCUCUCUCUAGGUAAUAGGAAUUCUCAGUCAUAUCUAGGUGCGACCAUCUAGUCUACUGUGGGUAGCAGGUACUAACACACCUACUUCGUACUCUAUACUGCUGCAUCUGACAUUCAUCUCCAUCCAUGGAUCCCUUUGAUCUCAUCAAUUUUGGCCUGAGGCACUUCCAAUCAAAUUCUCCAUCUAUUUUUUACCCAUCCAUUUGCUCAUUUGCCCAUUUGCCCGCCACGGCGCCACUCUACACAUAUCCAAUCUCUUCAUCCUUUCGGCGUUUGCGUCAACAAGAAUAGAUUCCUUACAUCCGAAAGAUUCGGUCCCUCACACGAUCUGCUAGGAUUUGAUUGGCAACAUCGACUAUUCUUACAUACAUUGUGACGACCAAAAAAGCCUUAGAUGUAACUACCAAGAUCUCGAAAUCGACUCACAUCAGGAUUAAAUCCCGAGUUUUCCAAAGAGCCGCUUUUUUCACGAUACACAAUCAACCAACACUCGUACCCAUUCUCGUUCAACACCUACUACCCAUCUGCCCCUUACACAAACAUCUCCACCCCACGAGUACUGGUAUUGACAAGUGGGGGUAUUCGAGUACUCCUCAAUUCAAACUUCACUCGGCUGGCGAUAGUCGCAUAUCGAUCGCAUAUCAAUACAAUUUGCAUCUGCGAGUGGCGCGAAGGAUAUUCUCUCAUUCAAAGACCAUCUUUCACACUCCAUCUCUACACUUCAUCUCUACACUCCAUCUCUCUACACUCCAUCUCUACACUUUCACCAUCAUUCAUCAUGCAAAUAAGUGAGACUUCGAUCAAUAUGAAGCCGGAUCCCAAUCAAGUCGCAUGCGACGAAUUUUACAACAGCCUCAACCUCGACAACCUACCUCCCAACCACAAUCUACAAGCUGCUGGGGCCAAGAACAAUAAUCCAUCGGGCCCAGAGACUAUAAAAACAGAGGUCCCGCAAAAAGCUCCAAAGAAGAGGAAGAGAGUGGUAAUCUCAUGCACCGAGUGCCAUAGGCGCAAGCAAAAGUGUGAUCGUCAAUUUCCAUGUUCGAAUUGUGUUAAUCGCAAUAAGCAAGAUGUGUGUCAAUAUGAGAAUGAAUCUGCGAGGAAACAACAAUUACUAGAUGACUUGAGGUCGUCUGAUAAUGCGGAAUACGGAAAAAAUGCACAAGUCGAGUCGGAUUCCGUAGCAAAAGUUAGUGCUUUAGGAUAUGCAAAGUCAAAUGGGGCCCAUUCAAACACAACUCUGGGAAUCUUCAAGAAGAUAGAGGCAGAGGUCAACGAUGGGGCCGCUGUGACAUCGCAUUCUAUAACAACAUCAGAGAAUGCUGGACUCCGGGAGAAAUACAAGAGCUUAAUACGACAAUUACCCUCGCGACCCUACAUUGAUAUGCUUCUAAAGACCUUCUUCCGCGAAGUCAACUUUCAAUAUUAUGCUUUAGACGAAGGAACCUUUCGCGAUCAUCUCAGAAAUUGGAACAAUCUCUCUUUUGCAACUUUGAAUAAAGGACCACAGGAAUUACCCGCCGAUUUACAAUUUUUUCCCGCUCUCUUAUUCCAAUGUAUCGCUAUGGCCUUACUGUUUCAACCACCAGACCAUGAUCCAAGUUUGGAGUCACUCAAAUAUGCAGCAGGGAUGUCAUUUGAUGAUCUUGCGGCUGAUUACAGUGAUUCGGGGGUCAGUAUCUUGACCUUGUUAGGAAAACGAAAUACUACUCUUGUGACUGUUCAGGCCGGUUUUGUAAGGGCGUCAUACUUGAAAUAUAGUGGAAUGGUGCCUGAGAGUUGGCAUUCUCUAUCCCAAACAAUCAAAGAUGCGCAAGAGAUUGAAUUACACAAGGAUAAUUAUCAACCUCAACGUCACAAGCCUGAGGAUGGAUAUGAACACAUUUGGCAUCAACAACUUCGAAGGAGAACUUGGCUUGUACUCGCUCUAUGGGAUGUGCAUAUGGCAUUGGUUCUUGGUCGACCUACCACCAUUGAUAUGCGUGAUCCAAGACCACCUUUCCCCAUCGACGCUCCUAUACCCGCGACUCUUGAAGAUCGACGCAAGACCCCCCCUCUAGAACGGAAGCCUACAGAUAUGCCCACACCUUUGACAAUGUUGUUAUGGUAUGUUGAAGUUAUGGCUCCACUUUGGGAUAUAUAUUACCUCGAGAAAGAUGGACCACAGCCUAGUGAUGCACUCAAGGUUCAAAAGAUGCACAUUAAUAUCAAACAAAUUCAUGAGCUAUGUCCACCCUACUUCAGAGCCGAAAAUCCCGACACCACGUGGGAUAAUCAUCCUGAUUGUUAUUGGCUUCCACCCUGCAGAUUAAUCUUUCAGAAUGGUGGUGCAUUCACAACAAUGGCUCUUCAUAGACCAUAUAUUUGUCUUUCGGUUUCAAGUCGCCGUUCUGCUCUUGAAGCUGGUUUGGAUAUUUUGCGGGUUCAACGUGAAUAUUUCAGUUUGCUACAGACAAAACAUUACAAAAUGUUCAACCUUGUCCUAAAUACCUUUGACGCCAUCAUCCUCUCAGCCGCCAUUUAUAUUCUACAUCCAUUUGAGAAUAGGGAUCUUCUUGACAAUACUCUACAACAUUUUGAUUGGGCGAUGGAGAGAUUUUAUACUAUGAUCGGUCGCAAUGCCAUUGCAAACACUGCAGCUGGUGUACUCAAAGCAAUCAAUAUUCGUUUGAAGAAAGCAUUAGGAACAAACAAACCUCAACCAUCAACUCCAUCAGAUGUUGGAUCCAAUCCAUCAUCAACCGUCGCUAGCUCACAAGCUGUAAGAUCUGGUACUUCUACAUCCACACAAUCUUACAACUCUCCUGCAUCAUCUACCGAUCCUUCAACCGUAUCCUCGGCAAAUUCUGUCAAUGGAAGUCAUUACAAUCUUCCUACAAUACAAAACUUAACCUCACCAAAUCCCAAUAUACCAGCCGCCUGGGAAUUUCAAGGAACUAAUAAUAUUAUGCCACACAAUUUCGAUCUUUCUUCAAUCGCUCCUCUACAACCGAUGCACGAUCUAAUAUUCAAUGAUCUGAGUACGAACCUUGGAGGAACAAAUUAUGACUUGCCAUAUCAAAAUUUCCAAGACGCAAGUUUAUAUGCACAACCUGAACCAUGGCAAUUUGAAGGAGAUUUGGGUCAGGAUAGUUUUUGGGCAGUCAUGAAUAAUUACAAUCCUUAAUUAAGGUCUUGGGGAUAUUUUGGGAUGUUAUUUGAUUUUGUUCAUUGUUCAAAAAAGCGGCAGUGGUAGAAGGCGUAUCAGCAGUAUAUAUGACGCGGAUACGAAUUUCAGGUCUUCACAUAAUUUUUGAAAUGAUGGGCUGGUGAUUUGAAAAGACAGAGAAGGUCGGUGGGUGUGGAUAUGGAAGUAAAGGGGAUGAUUAAAAUGUUGUGGUAUACGUUUUGACAUCAUCCUGUCCUAUUCUAGGUUAUGACAUCCUAGAUCAAACGAUAUAUUACUGGGGCGGGGCGGCGAUUGUUGAAAAGGCUUUGAGGGGUAGAUGUGGAAGGUAUAUCGGCAAGCCUACACGGAUACGGAUAUCAUGAUAUAUAUAAUGCAUAUGCUACACGGAGUUAUUGUUCCCUUGUUGUAUAAUCAAACUACCCAUUGAGAGUCUAUAAAAGUUUACUU